GAGACCUGAAGCCAAAGGAGAACGUCCAAGAACAUUGAUGGCGAAUGAGCCACUUUAAGUCACUAUACUAAGGGGAAAUUUGUUGACAGGAGGAGCUGAAGACUCUAGAGACGAAAUAUGAACCUGUCUGAGAGGAUUUCCUCCAUCCUUCAGUUCCUGAGGCCAUCAUCUUCUGAUCUCCAUCUUCUCAAUGAAAGCCAACCUCUCCAGAAUUGGCAAACCUCCAGCCAGGUUAAGCUCAUUGGAACGCGAAAUGUUGGCUCGGAUGGACUGAAUGAUCUGUUCUGGGAAAGGAUCAGUAACCUAGGAGGAAAGGAGAACAUUCUACUGGUGGGCGAGGCUGGAUACAAUCCAGGAGACGAUGGUGGCAGUCAUGAGAUGUUGGAAGAAUUGUCGUCUGCUCUCUUUCAGUUGCCCAAAAAAGAACAUUUUUGGAAAGCCAACAAAAAGACUACGUACGGAACCAACAAUUUUAUGACUUCAAUCACCUCGAAGUCUCCAUCGAAAUCGAGGAUGCUGGAGUUUCCCAUUGUUCUGGCCGUGUUUCGGGGACGACUUAUACUGGACUCCACAAAUAUGAUUAAAGAGAUCUUGAAGGAUAUCCAGGUGAGGACGAAGCAAUCUGGAUCUGCCAUUGUGGGAAUUGUCUACUCCUGGGACACCUUUCAUGAUGAGAAAAAGAUGGAGCCGAUGGGACAGCUGGGAAACUGGAUGAGUCAGGUCUUUAAGGAUCAGCCAUGGGGAGUCUGCUGCUACAACAGCUCCGAACCAAAGUCCAUUUUGGCGGUAAAAAGGAUCAUUAUGGAAACAAUGGGAGUGACAACAUCAUCAGAUGGAUAUCAGCUGAUAGAAGACGACAGCGUUGAGCUGGAGAGAGCGUUUGGAGAACUGGUGGUCCAGUUGGGAGGUAAAGAGAGGUUUCUCCUUCUGGGAAAUGUCUGCCCGUCUGCCCGGAACUCCGAAAGAACCCGGGUUUUCAAAGAGGUUAUCAAAGCCCUUUUUGGUGAUGACCAAUGUAAAAUGGACACCCAUGAGAAAGAGGACAACAGGAUACCAGGGAACCAAAAGAAGUCGUCCAAAGAGUGUAUCCAACUACCCAAACCAAGAUCCUUCCCUUACCCGCUUAUCUUGGUGGUCUUUCGCUCAGAAUUCCUCAAGGAUGAGGAGAACAUGGCUCAGGUCAAAGAGAUUCUUGUUGACAUCAAAACACGGGUGACCAUGUGUUCUACCCAAGUGAUCGGGGUGGUUUGUAGCGAGGAACCUCUGGAAAGAGCCCAGGAGCAGGGUUACCAGAUGGUGUUGCAGAAGAUUCUACACCAGACGUUCCGUUGUCCUACCGGGGUCUGCAGCUUUGUUAGGACGAAACUGGAAUCGGUCGACGGGGUCAAGAGUUGUGUGUGCAAUGUCUUAAAAAUGCCUUAAAGGGGUACUCCGCUGAAUUUUAUUUUUCUUAUAUCAAUUGAUGCCAGAACGUUUAACAGAUGUGUAAAUUACUUUUAUAUAAAAAUCUUAAUCCUUCCAGUACUUAUCAGCUGCUGUA